AAAAGAAAUAUGGGACCUAAAUUACUAACAAGGGAAGGAAAAAACUAGGAUUGCUAUUCAAGUACUGAUCUCCCGUGCACCCGCCAAAUUUGAGUAUUACUCUCUUUAUGUAUUUCAGAUCUUGGUACAAACCUUAAAAUAACAAAUCACUACCUCAUUCAGAAGGGACUCCGGAAAAAGAAGAAACCUAGGAAUGGGAUCUGUAUUUUAUUAAUGGAAUUUCACUGAAUUUUUGUAGAUUUUUUAUUAUUCUUUUAAGAAAUAGUUUUUGGGUGAGAAUUGAACGGAAAGAUGGAGAAUUCAGUACCGGUACGAUAUCCAUACAAGAAUCUAAGAGAAGAAACGUUACGAGAAGAAGUAGAAAUGGUUAGAUUAAGUGAUGUAAAUCAUCAUAUUGAUUUGCAUUCUAGAUCUUCAUCAGCCGAUGUUAAUGGAUCUCCAUCUUCAAAUAAUAACAAUAAUAAUCAUAGAAAUAUUAGUAUGAAGACAUUGAUUCUAAGUUGUAUGGUUGCUGCUGGUGUUCAAUUUGGAUGGGCAUUACAACUUUCCCUUUUAACUCCUUAUAUCCAGACACUUGGAAUAGGGCAUGCUUUUUCUUCCUUCAUUUGGCUUUGUGGCCCUAUUACAGGCCUUGUGGUUCAACCUUGUGUUGGUAUCUGGAGUGAUAAGUGCUAUUCUAAAUAUGGAAGAAGGCGACCAUUUAUUCUUAUCGGAUCUCUCAUGAUCUCUGCUGCCGUGACAAUAAUCGGGUUUUCUGCAGACAUUGGAUAUUAUAUAGGGGAUACGAAGGAGCAUUGCAGUACUUAUAAAGGUACUAGAACUAGUGCAGCUAUAGUCUUUGUCGUUGGUUUCUGGAUGCUGGACCUGGCUAACAAUACAGUUCAAGGCCCAGCUCGCGCUCUUCUCGCUGAUCUAUCAGGUCCUGAUCAAAGGAAUUCAUCAAAUGCAAUAUUUUGCUCAUGGAUGGCUGUUGGAAAUGUCCUAGGGUUUUCUUCUGGUGCCAGCGGAAAUUGGCACAAAUGGUUUCCUUUUCUGAAAACACAAGCUUGCUGUGAAGCCUGUGCAAAUUUAAAAGCAGCCUUUUUAGUUGCAGUGAUCUUCCUCACGCUCUGCACUCUUAUCACUCUGUAUUUUGCUAAAGAGGUCCCUCUUGAAAAACCUGCAUAUGUAUCAGAUUCCGCUCCUUUAUUAGACAACGGUCAACAAUCUGUAAAUGGGAAUUUAAAUUCUAGUGGUCAUGCAUCUGGAGUCAAUACUGUGGUUGGUGGGAGUAAAAAUGUAAGUCCAAAGCUUCCUGAGUCAAAAAAUGAAGAUGAUCGGAUGGAAACUUUUACUGAUAGCCCUGGAGCAGUUUUGGUUAAUCUGUUGACAAGCAUGCGGCAUUUACCACCAGCAAUGCAUUCAGUGCUUCUUGUUAUGGCUCUUACUUGGCUAUCAUGGUUUCCGUUCUUUUUGUUCGAUACUGAUUGGAUGGGACGUGAAGUUUACCAUGGGAACCCAAAUGGGACUUCUGAUGAGAAACAUGCUUAUGAUCAAGGUGUAAGAGAAGGUGCAUUUGGUUUGCUAUUGAAUUCGGUUGUUCUUGGGAUUAGCUCCAUCCUUAUUGAGCCAAUGUGUCAGCGGAUGGGUUCAACUAUCGUAUGGGCAAUGAGCAAUUUCGUUGUGUUUCUUUGCAUGGCAGCAACAGCAAUCAUUAGCUUAUGUUCGGUCGUAGAAUAUUCUAGAAGGGUUGAAGGUGUCACUGGAGGGAAUCCAACGAUCAGGAUUGCUUCCUUAGUUGUAUUUGCAAUUCUUGGUUUUCCUCUUUCUGUUACAUACAGUGUUCCCUUUUCUGUUACGGCAGAAUUGACAGCUGAUACAGGAGGUGGCCAAGGAUUAGCUAUCGGGGUCUUAAAUCUUGCAAUUGUUGUUCCUCAGAUGGUUGUGUCCCUUGGUGCAGGCCCAUGGGAUGCUCUCUUUGGAGGAGGAAACGUGCCAGCUUUUGUUAUGGCAUCUUUUGCUGCCCUUGCUGGAGCUACUAUUGCAAUUAUGAAGCUUCCAAAGCUUGCAAGCAAUUCCUACAAAUCAGUUGGUAUGCAUAUGGGCUGACUACCCCUCUACCUUCUUCCCACAUCCAUCUCAAUGAGGCAAUCGACUGCGCUCCAACUCUGUAUAUGAUUCUCUGGCAACACUAGUGGAAGCUCCCUUGCCGGUUGGUACCCAAUUCACUGUUGCCAUAUUCAAAUUAAUUUUUCCCCCCUCACUUAGUUUGGCAAAUAGCUCAUACAGAAAACCGGAUCUUCAGAGCUGUCAGGGCUCUGCUUGUAUUUUUGUUCCUUGUUCUGAGCUUGAUCUCAAAGAUUUUGUAUAAUCAUCAACCCAGAGGGUUGAUCCACAAGUAGUCUGGAUGAGGACCAAUAGAGUCUACAUUAUUGGCGUCUUCAUUUGUAAUUGUAGAGCAUUGUAUACCCUACGAUAAACUUUGUAUGACCUCCUAUAUCAAUUCUUUUAUAUAUACUUCAUGAACGGAAUGUUGUAUCUCUACUGGUCGUACUAUAAUCAAGUCUUCUAUAUAUUUCAUGAAUGAACAUUGUAUCUCCAUUUUCAGGCA